CAACCAAGUUAACAAAAGAAUAAACAAUGUUGUACAACACAUUCAUUAAUACAGAACUUAUCUGUUUAUCUAAUUGCUGUACCACGUGCGACUAGAUGUUGCAAUCCCACAGCACAGUGUUUCCUCUGAUGAGGCAAAUCUCCUCCGAGGAAACAUUCUAAGCAAGCAGAUGCUGGAAACUACAGCCCAAGGAAGAUGGCGACAACGAGUUUCAUACUUCACAGUGUCCUGGUGACAGGAUCCAGUUCAGGAAUUGGCUUAGGUCUGGUGAAGCAGUUCCUGACACUGCCAAUUCCGCCUAGGUGGGUCUUUGCUACAAGCCGUGAGAUGGAUGGACCAAAAUGCAAGGAGAUAAAAGUGCUGCUAUCCCAGUACCAAAAUUUGGUGUUGCUGCAGUUGGAUGUCACUGAUCUCAAGAGCAUCAGAGCUGCUGUGGAAGAAGUGCGGAAACACGUUGGAGAACGUGGGCUGACCCUGCUGGUGAAUGGGGCUGGCAUCAUGUUUUUCAGCUCCCUGCAGACAGAAAAUGCAAAGGACAUGGUGGCUGAAUACACUGUCAAUACUGUUGGGCCACUGCAGGUGAGCCAGGAGUUUCUGCCCCUGCUGAAGAUGGCAGCUAAGAGAAGUCUCCAGGAGGGGCUGAGCUGCAGCAAGGCAGCCAUUGUCAAUCUAUCCAGCAAUGGUGGCUCCAUCGAACUCAUGCCCAAGUGGGACAAGACGCAGAAUGUUGGCUACCGCUGCAGUAAGGCUGCUUUAAACAUGCUUACCAAGUGCCAGUCAAUGGAAUACCCAAACUAUGGGAUCCUCUGUGUUUCUGUCUAUCCUGGCUUUGUGAGGACUAAACUAACUAUGUGGCAGGGGGACCUCAGCGUGGAGGAGAGUGUCCAAGAAAUCAUUAAUGUGCUCUCCACACUUUCUGAAGUGGAUAAUGGUACCUUUAUAGACUGGGAAGGACGCAGGCUGCCUUGGUGAGAGGUUUGUCUACUGAUGGCACAGAGACUACUGCACUGACUCCAGAACCUCUAAUAAAGUAAUAAAGUACCUGAGUUACA